AUGGUCGAAUAUAUUCCUCCUCCAGAACCGAGACAACUGCUUGGGCCGUUGCUUGCUUGUCUGCCGCUCGGCUUUGCGUCCUCUCGGCCGCCACCAGUACUGCUGCCUCUGCUCUCCCCAGUUCUUCGACAGCGAGUGCAGCUGCUGGGAUCUGGCUCUGCUUCAUCGUCUGAGUCCUGGCUUCAACUGCUGUGCUGGGGCCCCGCCAAUGCAGCGGAGUUGGAGAGGAUCGUGGGAGAGGCAGAGGAGUCGUUUGAACCGCAUCCAGUGUCGGGAGAGAUAGAGAUCCCCGACGACAUCACGAUAACGUAUAGACGGUUUGAUUCCGAGACACUGCGUUGUCGACUUCCGCUGAACGAGUUUGACCUCACGGUGGUGUAUGUAUGGUGUCCCGCAGACCAGGAAGGGGGCGGACCAGGGUGGAGAGUGGCAGAAGUUCUGCCGCUUGAUGCGCUCAGGGACGAAGAUGACGCUUGGUUUGGUUCUGUGGAAGAGGCCAACGAGGCGGUAGAGGAGUUGACGCUCAAGGAAGCGUUAAGAGAGGUGACACCGAGUAACAAGACGGUCCCAAUCAUCGUCCAGGAACGAGAUGACGGAGACAGGGACGACGAGGACGACUACUGGGCUCAGUAUGACAACGUUCAGUCACGCACGCCGGCGAACGGUGUGACCGGCAUGGCUCAGGGCCAGAAUGACGGUCCUGGCGGGGAACAGAUGUCUGACGCCGCAUACUACAACCAGUACUCCAACGUCCAGCCUGCUCUCGACAACGACGAUCCUACUGUCGACAAGGCCGAUGUUGGAGACACCUCUCUCGACGGAAACACCCUAGAAGACAUCUUCAAGCGGCAGAUGGGCAAUAUCAUCCAGCAACAGCUGCAGUCGCAGUCGAAGUCGCAGUCGACCACUGAACGAGGGAGACAGCCGGUCGACGACUCCAGCGUUCCACUCAGCCACCCACGUCCAGCCUCUGCCUCGUCCUCGAACCGGUCUGAUGCCAUAUCUAAACUCGAGCACUCGGCAGAAUGUCAGUCUGCCUCUGAGAUGGCCAUUCGACAGCACAUCUCGACCAACGUCAAGAGCAUGUUCCGACUCGCCAGGGCGUCGGGUAUGUCUAGAGCAGAGUACCAGGCCAUGAUAACGAGGGAGCUCGACCUGCUUGAAAUGAUGGAAAAUGACGAUUAA